ACGUGACUUGUACAUAAACAAAGUGAGUCACGUGGUAGGGCUACAGGAGAAGCGCAGCAGAGCAACACUUCUUCAGUGACAGUGUAAUGUUUUGUUGUGGUGUUAUGGCAGCGGUAAAUUACAGGUUCAGCGUUAUUAGCUGAGAAUGUUGUCGGACACGACGUAAACUGCGCUGUCGUAUCCCGGUAAAAGCCCCGGCGCUAUGGCGUGUCCCCCGGAGAGCGAGGUGCGGGUGGUCGGGCCCUGCGAGUCGGGCGCUGAGGGGGCGAGAGCACAGGCCCGAGCAACCAGCCGACAGGAUCAGCCUUGUCCAGGGGCUGUGGCAGUCUCCCCGGCGACUGUGAUGGUGGAGUCGGUGGACGAUGCGGAGGGACUGUAUGUGGCUGUGGAGAGAUGUCCCCUGUGUAACACUGCGAGGCGCAGGCUAACCUGUGCCCGGUGUAUCAGAGCUGGAGACUUCGUGUACUUCGAUGGUAAAAAUCCCGAAAGAUACACAGAGAAACUGGAAAGGCUUCAGAAAAUGAAGAAGGAAAAGGAGAUUCUUCAGCAAAGAGUAAUCAAAACCAUGGACAAGAAGGUUCAGGCAGACCAGCUUAAGUGGAAGAUUAUGUCUUGUAAGAUGAAGAUUGGGCAACUAAAAGAGGCAAUCUGCAGUGGGAAUGAAGAAGUGAAGAGUGGCAAAGAUCUGUUGCUUCGCUCUCAAGAAGAAGGUCAGAGACUGCAGCGCCGAGCAAGUCGUCACCAGGAGAAGAGGGAUAAGAUAGAGCGUCAUAACCGUCGCCUGAGCGAGCUGUUAGAGAAAAGGAACAAAGAGCUGCAGAGCAGACUGGAGGCUCUGGCUGAGGUGCGGCGGGAUCACAUCCUGGAACUCACCACCUACAUUUUCCCCACACAGGAGGAGAAGCAGGGCAGCAGGUUUGAAGACCCGGCUGAAACUGCUGUAGCGGAGUAUGACUUUGCUCUCACAUCCAGCACUGUGAGUGAGUUAGCUGAGGCCCGACGAACAACGUACAUGUCUGGUCGUUGGAUCUGGGACGAUCAGAAUGGAGAGACAAGCAUCAGCAUCACUGGGCCCCAUGUCACACUGCCCAGUAAUGGAGACUGCUCAGCUUACUAUAACUGGGUAGAGGAGAAAAGCACUAAUCCUGGCCCAGAGCUGGAUCACAUCACUCCAGCACACACCAUUAGUGCAGCCCUCUGCUAUGCUACUCAACUUGUUAACAUUCUUUCUCAUAUUUUGGAUGUCAAUCUACCCAAAAAGCUGUGUAACAGUGAGUUCUGUGGUGAUAAUUUGAGUCGCUACAGAUUUACUCGUGCUGUUAACAAACUCAAUACCAACAUCCUACAUCUAUGCUUCUCCCAGCAUGUAGACAGUGAGCUUCUCCAUCCCCACCACACACUGAGAAAUAUCAUGUUUCUGGUCUCCCCUGAGAACAAGAACCUUGGCAGGACUGGACCAUUUGAAGUAAGUGCAGACUUGGAGGACUCUAUGGAAUUUUUGGAGCCUGAGGCAUCAGGUGCUACAGAGGAGAGUGGAGAUGAAGCUGUAACAGAUGAAGAGACGGACUUGGGCACAGACUGGGAAACUGUCCCUAGCCCUCGAUUCUGUGACAUCCCCUCUCAGCCCAUGGAUCUGUCUCAGAGCACAGCCAUGCAGGUCUCUCAGCCAGCAGGAAACGCAGGAGGCAUGAUCUCCUCUGCUGCUGCCUCGGUCACCUCCUGGUUCCGUGCCUAUACUGGCCAGCGCUGAGGCCAGUCUGGAAUGUUUUGCCUGCUGUAGCUAUGCAAACAAACUAUUUGUCUCUCCCUCUUUGUCAAAUCUUAUUAGAAAAAGUGAUUUUGUGACUUUGUCACUUGAUUGCAUGUCAAGAAUGACUGUGUGAUUGAAAAGAGGGAGGGAAAGAAUGCCAUUUCUAACCUUUUUAAAAGUAGAAAUAGGAUCUGGUGAAAUGUUUUGUUUAAAAGAAAACGCCUGACCUUUUGUAGCUCAUGCACAUUGUAGGAUCCCCACUAUUAUCCAGUCAGUAAUGUUUCUUUUUUCCUUCUAUUAAAAUUUUGAUAUUCUGAGGAGGCAUAACAAAAUGUCAUUUAUGAAUUAAGAGCAUGAUGCACUAUGUUUCACUUUAAUAGGCUUGAUUGCCUUGAUGUAAACAUUUUGUUUAUUGAAUAUAGCAGCAUAAACAACUUGCUGGAUUAGCUGGCAGUUACACCUAUCUCUAAUAUUGUUUUUAAAAUGAUAAAUUAUUUCUGCUGUGUUGUUUGAUAUGGAAUGCUCUUAAAACAACUGUCACAGUUGGUUAAACUAUUUAACAGUACAAAACAGUACAAGGUAUAAUGUCAGAGUCACCACUGGCAUUCUAGAUAGUGAGUUCAGGCUUUGGCUUGCUUAACAAUGAAAGUGCACCUUUUCACCAGUUAUUUAAAACCCAUUUGUAUCUUGCAAAUGUGUAAGGUGUUUGAGUAUGAAUAAAGGAGUGGAGAUUUUUUUGAUUAUA